AUGUUAGGUGCAUACAAUUACGAUAUACAGUAUCGUCAAGGCAAAUACAAUAUUCUAGCUGAUUGCUUAUCACGCUUACCAAACGCACAUGAAGCAAUUUCGGAGGAAGCGCAGAAGAUUCAUAAAAUUUAUGCGGUAAUUCAAAUAUGGAAGCUUGAUGAUAUUGUACUAACAGAACAGGAACUUAGGAAGCAGACGAAACAUAACCUAAUAUUACGACGAGUAAUUGAGUUAAUUGAGCGUCACUGGCCAGACACGAAGUAUAUCAACAACGAGCUGAAACCAUACUACGACAAACGGGAGGAACUAUCAUACGAAAACGGUAUUUUGAUGUGGCAAGGACGAAUUAUCGUGCCCGAUAAUCUUCAAGAAGUAACAUUGAGGCAUCUUCAUAGAGGGCAUCCAGGCAUUGGCUCUAUGCGUGCGUCAGCGAGGUACUAUGUAUGGUGGCCGAACAUCGACAAGGACGUGGAACAUACAGUGAAAUCAUGCAUGGCAUGUCAACGUCAACGCCCAAAACAAUCUGAACUGCCAAUCUACUUUUGGUCCCUGCCAGAGCAUUGUUGGCAACGACUGCAUGUGGACUUUGCAGGUCCCUUCGAAGGAAAAAUGUGGAUUGUGCUUGUUGAUGCUUUAUCAAAGUGGGUAGAAGCAGAUGUACUUUAUGCUGCCACCACAAGAACUUUGUGCGAAUUCCUAGAGGAGAAGUUUAUAACAUUUGGUUAUCCGGAAAUUAUCGUGUCGGAUAAUGGUAGUCAAUUUACGUCAGAAGAGUUUCGAAAUUAUUGUCAAAGUCAUGGAAUAAAACAUGUAACGUCUUCACCGUACCAUCCGAAAACCAACGGACUAGCCGAACGAUUCGUACGAACAUUCAAGGAGCGCAUGAAAGCCAGUGAAUAUGAUGGUUUAUCACAACGUCAGCGCUUGCGCACAUUUCUAUUUACAUAUCGAAACACACCACACUCCUUUACAGGGAAGGCACCAUCUGAAUUUUUGCUAGGUCGACGCCUGCGAACUUUAUUUGACAAUCUGAAGCCUAAUGUACGGCGAGAGAUGCAUUUUAAACAUGUAAAACAAAAUCUUCAAGCAGAGCAGUCUAACAGAGAGUUCCAACCAGCACAACCAGUAUUCGUAAAGACAGACAUCGAGAAAAUGUGGGAACCAGCCAACAUAGUCGAAAGAACAAAUCGAUAUUCCUACCGUGUUCGAACAAAGGACGGUGUAGAAAGAAGACGACAUGCAGAUCAUAUCCGAGAACGGAGGGUAAUACCACCAUCCAUCGACUUCCGGGAUGUCUCAGAUUUUAGGCGAAACAGUUUCCAUUACCAAUCUGCAAGCCCGACAGCAAAUGAUGAACAGGAACAUCAGCAGUCUAUGCAGCCCGCUAUACCGUCGCAUGAAAACGGAAACAUGAGUGAACAAGGACAACACACCGAAGCACAACAAAUUGAACAUCCAGUACGGCGAAGCCAACGGCUAAGAAAUCGACCCAAGAGACUAGUCGAAGAGAUGUAA